AUGGUCUACCUUCCCCCGCCUCAGCUCGCCUCCGCGUCAAGACCGUCUUAUGCCGAGGCAUACGCAAAGAUUCUCGCCUCCCACCGGCGCUCCCCACUCACAUCCGCCUCGUCCGUUAUAUUGCUCGUUGCACCAGACGUAGACGCGCUAUGUGCGGCCCGUAUGCUCGCAGAACUGCUCAAGCAAGACGACGUCAUGCACCGGAUAAUACCCGUAUCAGGGCACGCAGAACUGGAAGACAUGCGCACGGAACUACUCUCAUACGACGAGCUUCACACACUUAUAUUGCUCAACAUGGGUUCUAUCCUGACCCUGACGUCUGACCAAUGGCUAGGAGAGUUCAGCGAGAGACUUUCCGUGCAUGUCAUUGAUUCGACACGACCACGAGAUCUGUCAAACCUCUUUGACCCGAGCGAGACGGGGGAGCGCGUCAUAGUAUGGGAUGACGGAGAGGCGGAGAAUAUGGAAGAGAUGAAGAGAGCUUGGGAAGCCAUAACUUAUGAACCAGAACCAGACUCGGACGAAGACGAUGAUGUCAAUGAGGAGGAUGAGGUAGAAGACGAGGACGAGGACGAUGAUGACUACAUGGAUCGGAGUCCGUCUGGCAAGCGAAAGUCACAAGAUGACGAUGACCGAAGAUCGAAGAAGCGGCGGAAGACCGAUAAUCCAAAUCGCAUGACACGAGAUCAAUACGACGAACACGCAGAAAAGCUAGCCAAAUACUACCGGUCGGGUGCAUCCUACGGUCAGAGCGCAGCUUCGACAGUCUACAUCCUCGCCACCGUUCUAGAACGCGUGGACGUCGAUCUCCUAUGGCUCGCUAUCCUCGGCCUCACAUACCAAUACUCCACCGCCCGAAUAUCCCGCACCGACUACGACAAAUACCACACGAUCUACUACGACGAAGUCUUCCGCCUCAACCCGAUACCGCUCGCCGCGAACGGCGGUGGCGCGGGCGCCACGGACACGCUCACCGCGCUGAGCCCCGACGACCUCUCCGUGCGCGCGACAGAGGAGCUGCGCUUCAUGCUCUUCCGCCACUGGAACCUCUACGACGCGAUGUACCACUCGAGCUACGUUGCGAGCAAGCUCGGCAUCUGGAAAGAGCGCGGACGCAAGCGGCUCACCGGGCUGCUCGCUAAAAUGGGGUUCUCGAUACCACAAACGCAGCAGCCCUACACGCACAUGGACCUCGACCUCAAACAGCAGCUACGCACCAAGCUCGACGCCAUCGCGCCCGAAUACGGCCUCGUCGAGCUCUCCUACCCCUCCUUUGCCCGAUGCUUCGGAUACCGCGCACCGCCAUUAAGCGCGGCCGACGCGGUCGAGGCCGCGAGCGCGCUGCUAGACGUGGCAGGCGGAAUACGGAUGGAGGUCGAGGUCGAGGGCAUGCGCAACGGCGGCGAGUGGUUCGGUGGCGGGCGCGUAUGGGAGGGCGGGACGCGGGCAGAGCACACCGAGAAACCUUCGGGGCAGCAGCGCCGGCAGAACGGUGCGGAUGCCGGCGGCGGCGCCAACGGGAACGCGGACGCGCGUGAGGAUGGCGAGGAGGGGACCGUGGAGGUCGCGUGGUGGGUGAAGAACUUCUGGGCGGCGUACGAUGCCCUCACCGACAUCGUCCCCCUGCGCGAAGCCCUCUCGCUCUCCAUGUCCCUCCACCGCGCCAUCAUCCGGCAGGGCACAUCCAUCAUCGACAAGCAAGACAUCCGCACGAUGCGCUCGCACCGCGUCGUCGUCCUCACGCAGGGCCCCGACCUGCCGCUCUUCACGCACCCUGGCGUCCUCUCGCGUCUCGCGCUCUGGCUCGUCGACGCGCUGCGGGACCGUAUUCCCGGCACGGCACUGCCGAGCAUCCGCCCGGGCAGCCGCAGCAAGAAGAGCCUGCCGUUCGUCGUCGCGUGUCUCAACGAGCGCGCGGGGACGUACGUGGUUGUCGGUGUCAUGGGUGCUCUGGAGUUCAACGACGUUCGCAAGAACGAAUUUGGCGUAGCAUUCAUGGACGCAAAAGAGCGUUGCAACGCGCGGACCAAGCAUACCACGUUCGAUACGAAUGUGCUCGAGAUCAACCAGGACGAUCUAAAGUUCUUCCUCGAGACGCUUUGUGAGGUUGGGGACGGGUACUAAUACCUGUCUAUUGUACUUUAGUAUUAUUGUAGCCCAUCACUGAUGCAUGUACGGCUUAAUGACAUUAGUUUA